UGGUGUAUAAACUUUAUGGAAGAAAACCCCCCAAAAUUUCUGAAACAUCUCUUUGCAGGGCCACAACUGCAGCCAAUCCGAAGGACCAGUCAUCCCCGCUCCGAAACAAAGUUCCUGCUCUACUCAAAUACCAUUGAAGAAGGCUGCCUGAUCGAAUUUAACCAGUUUGAUACUCUUGAAAAAUGCCGUUUCAAUGCCUCUCUUCCUUUGGUGAUGAUAGUCCACGGAUGGUCGGUGGAUGGAAGGCUAGAAGGCUGGAUUUGGAAGCUGGCCGAAGCCCUGAAAUCCCAGCUGACACAAACAAAUGUGAUCAUCACUGAUUGGCUGGCCCUUGCUCAUGCGCACUACCCCAUUGCAGUGCAGAACACCCGAGACGUUGGCCAAGAAAUCGCUCGAUUCCUGGAAUGGCUGGAGGAAUCUGUCCAGUUCUCCAGAGGCAAUGCUCACCUGAUUGGGUACAGCCUUGGCGCUCACGUCUCUGGCUUUGCCGGCAGCUACAUUAGGGGUGCAAGGAAGAUUGGCAGAAUUACAGGCCUUGACCCGGCUGGCCCUCUCUUUGAAGGCAUGUCCCCAACAGACCGCUUAUCACCAGAUGAUGCAGACUUUGUCGAUGCCAUCCACACCUUCACCCAGCAGCAAAUGGGCCUCAGCGUUGGCAUCAAGCAGCCUGUUGCUCACUUUGACUUCUACCCCAAUGGAGGGACUUUUCAGCCUGGAUGCCACAUCAUGCAUGUCUAUAAUCACAUCGUGCAGUAUGGAAUUACAGGUCUGGCUCAGACCGUGAAGUGUGCGCACGAAAGGUCCGUCCACCUCUUCAUCGACUCCCUGUGGCACAACAACCAGCAUAUCAAGGGCUACUGGUGCAAAGACAUGCAGACCUUUGACAAGGGCCGGUGCCUCAGCUGCAGGGCAAAGAGGUGCAACAUCCUGGGCUACCAUAUUCGGAAGGAGAGGGUCCCUGGCAGCCGGCAGCUGUUCCUGAAGACACGAGCCCAGGUGCCUUUCAAAGUUCAUCACUAUCAGUUCAAGUUCCGUUUCAUCAACGAAUUCAAAGAGAGGCAAAUAGAUCCAACAUUCACAAUCUCACUGACAGGCAGCAAAGACAACGUUGAAAACCUCUCCAUCACUUUAGUCGAAGGCAUUAGGAAUAAAACAUACACUUUUCUUGUGCCUCUGGAAAUUGAUAUUGGUGAGCUGAUGAUGAUCAAGUUGAAGUGGGAAGGGAUUGCAAUUUGGGAAAACAUCUGGAACACUGUUCAAACAAUCAUCCCAUGGGGAAAGGGCGACCGCCGACUGGGACUCAUCAUGGAGACGAUACGAGUCAAGGCAGGCGAAACUCAACAGAAAAUGACAUUCUGCUCUCAAAGCCUUGACGAUUUACACCUCUAUCCAGGCCAGGAGAAAAUGUUUGUAAGAUGUGAAGUAAGCUCCCAGCGGCUCAGGUGAAGAUACAAAUAAGCAAGAUCCCGGAAAAACUGGCACUGCUCUUCAAUCACUUUCAAGCUGUACCUUUUCUUUGGGUUUUUAUUUCUUAACAUUUAUAAUUUUUAUGUAUAUAUCAUGGCUGGGCAGGGUGGGGUGGGGUCAUAGAAAACCCUGCUGGAUCCCAAAGUUAAAUUGUUUACAUUUAUCCCGAAUGUUGACUAAAGUGUGAAAGCAACUAAAUCAGCUGUUAAGUAGGCCAGAAUAUGCAUAUUUUAUAGAUGGUUAGACAGCAUGGAUUUUUCAUUAUCAACUCACUCAAUAAAGGGACAUACCAUUUUACACAAAAA